GGCUCCUCGCCUUCCGAGAUCCUUCGAGAAACACCAGUCUAUUGGGGGCGCCCUGCCAGAGGGCACCGGCUGCGGUCUUCCUUAAAGGAGCGUCCCUAUCCGUCCAGGUUCCCUCUCUGCUCCAGCGACCUAGCUGCGCAGAUUCUCCGGAGCGCCGCCUUCACCCAACCGACAUUGGGAGCAGUCUCCCUUCAGGCGCAGUUGAGCCGAGGAAAAGGGGUCGCAGCCCAGAAUCUACGGUGACUGAAACCCGAUGCUUUCAGCGACCCGCCCAAUGGCUCUGCGGCUUCUCCACCCCAUAAAUACUCCGCGGAGACAGUCCUGGGAAAGGAACCUCUUGAGGAGGAUAGCAGACAGUAGAGCAGGAAGGCGGCCGCGACGGGGAGGUCUUGCUGCUGAGCCGGAACCGAGAGCGCUUUCCGUCCGUCAAUCCGCCUUCUAAGGGCCCAAAGAGCGGAGGACGUCUCCGCCGGGAGAGCAAUUGGCGAAGCGCGGCCCCUGGGAACAUAGGCAGGUGCGCCUGGCCGCCUCUCCGCUCCGGGGAUGCUUCCGUGCUGAGCUGGCCCGCACCCGUCGGCCCUCCAACAGUAGGCAUCUCCGGGCAAAAGCGUUUCUCGCCCAUGGGUCUCCAAAGAAGUCACUUCGAGUCCGCCUCGACCGGCCCAAAAAUCCGCGCCCAGACCAGCUCCACGGCGGAUGGCUGGGAACUGGAGAGGGCGGUCGAGGAACCCCAGCCUCCGCCAAGCCAGCGCCCCAGAGGGGGCGAGGACCGCCGAUGGCCUCUGCUGUCCGGGAGCGGACGAAGCUGUCCACAAAAAAGCGCCGAGACACUGAGCAGCCAGUACGGGCUGCAUCUCCUGCUGGCCGGGCUGCUGUUGAUGUUCGCCUGGGCGGUGCACGCUGUCGGGGUGGCCAAGAGUGCCGUCCUGGCCUACCUCCUCUCCCUCAUGGCGCUGCAGCUCCUCUGGAUGGCUUGGUACCUCUGCCGCCGCUGUGCGCACAAAAGGCUCAUCCAGGACAAGGACACCCAAGCCGGGGCACGUUGGCUCAAGUGUGGAAUUACUUUGUUUGCAAUCAUUACUUUAAUUAUGGAUUCUUUCAAAAUUGGAUACUUUGUUGGAUUUUCAAGUUGCUUACCAAUUACAGAAGGCAUUUUUCCAGUUGCACAUGCAGUUCAUACACUUUUGCAGGUAUAUUUUUUAUGGUGCCACGCAAAGGAUGUUAUCCAGUCCUUCAAAACACUGGAGAGGUUUGGAGUAAUUCAUUCAGUGUUUACAAAUUUGCUUUUGUGGACAAAUGGUAUAUUAGCUGAAUCAAAGCAUCAACUUAAUGAACACAAGGAAAGGUUAAUUACUCUUGGAUUUGGAAACAUAUCAAUAGAGCUGGAUGAUCAUACACCACUUUGCAACUGUACCUACAGCACCCUCUGUUCCAUAUUUUCCCAAGGAAUAUAUUAUUUAUACCCCUUCAAUAUUGAAUAUCACAUUUUAGCAUCCACAAUGCUGUACGUGGUCUGGAAAAACAUUGGGCGUAAAGUUGAAUACCUACAGCCACAUAAGAUGCCAUUCAAGUUUCAGGGCACAGCAAUAGGCAGCAUCUUAGGUCUAGUAGUAUUUAUUACAACAAUAGUAGUUGUAGUUGUGUAUCUUAUUCAGAUUGGGCGUUCAAAAUUAAAGAGUGAACUAGCACUUAUUAUGUUUUAUUUGUAUGCCAUCACAGUACUGGCACUCAUGUGUGCAGCAGGCAUUGUGGCGAUUCUAAUCUAUAGACUUGAAGACAAUUCACUAGAUAUUUCUAAAAAUCCAGCUAGAAAACUUGAUGCAGACCUCUUGGUGGGGACAGCCUCAGGUUCCUGGCUUCUUUCUUGGGGUUCUAUUCUUGCAAUUAUCUGUGCUCGGUCCCAUCCAGCAUAUACAUGGUUCAGUUUGCCCUAUUCUGUACUUGUUAUCAUUGAGAAAUAUAUUCAGAACCUCUUCAUAGUUGAAUCUAUACAUCGUGAGAAUGACAAGAGUAAUGAUGACAUUAAAACUCUGCGAAUAUUAACAGUGUCUAGUGGAAGCAAUCUCUCCCCUGUAGCUUCCUACAAAGAAAUCUAUAAUGGAACAAAUGGAAAAUUGUCAUCCACAUUUUAUGGAAAUAGUUAUCCAUCUGAGAACAAUUCCAGUUGUGCUUUCCAUGGAAACAUCAAUCAGAGCAAGAUUCCAGUCCCUCCAUCCUCUCCAGAUUUUUCAUUCACACUGAGAAACUUCUCUGUCAACAACAAAAGAAGUAUCUUGAAGAAUAUUGCUGUAUUUUUGUUCUUGUGUAAUCUCUCACUUUGGAUUCCACAAGCUUUUGGUUGCCGCCCUGAGUAUGACAAUGGCCUGGAAGAAAUGGUUUUUGGAUUUGAACCUUGGAUCAUUGUGGUGAAUCUUGCAAUGCCCUUUUCCAUUUUCUACCGGAUGCAUUCAGCAGCCUCCCUCUUUGAGGUUAGCUGCAAAAUAUAAAUUGUAUAAUUUACAAGAAGAAAGAACGAAAGGCUGGGAAGCUGUUUCUCCUCAAUUCAUGCAUCACCUUAAAGUAGGACAUAAAGUGAAAUUGGAUAUAAGAGUGAAAUAAUACGUCAGCCUGGAUGAUCUCUGAAGGACCCCUUUGACUUGAGAAAGUUGCAGAGUUCAAGAAGUCAGACCGCAGGCAAAGAAAUAGUUGCUGGGUUCAAAAAGUUAAACCACAAGAAUUAACUAACUUCCUGGUACCAUGUUAAAAUGCAGAACUAAACCACAUGGAGCUUUUCUGCCUAAGGAAUAAGGGAAGGGGUGAGCCUAGCACGUAGGAGGUUUAUUUCACAUUUCCUGUUUUGUUACUAACUGAAAAGUAUAAAGAUACGUGUCUUAAACAAGGUCUUUGUUCAGAAUGUAAACAGAAUGCACCUUGGCCAAAAUAAAAGCUUUCCUCGAUUUCGAAA